AUGUUGAGCAAGAUCCUCUUGUACGUCAAACUCACCGUCUUCUUCGCCCGCAUGAUGGCGGACGAAGUCCGACGGCUACUCCGUUUCCGCCGCGUUCGCAACCUGGCGAAAAAGACGGGCUCGACACCAGCCGCCGAGCGCACGCACAACAUCGUCGUCAUCGGCGCCUCCUUUUCCGGACACUACGCCGCGCGCAUCAUUGCGCGCUCGCUGCCGCCAGACAGCAAGCACAGGGUCGUCGUGGUUGAGCCCAACAGCCACUUUCAGUUUACGUGGGUGCUGCCGCGCUUCUGCGUCAUCCCCGGCGGCCACGAGCACAAGGCAUUUAUCCCGUACGGCAAGUACGCCGAUGCCGUGGACGGCGCGCUGCACUGGAUCAAGGACCGCGCCGUCGGCAUCACCGAGUCCGAGGUGCUGCUACAGAACGGCGGCGGCGGCGGCGGCGGCGAGGGCGUUCCGUACAGCUACCUGGUGAUUGCCACGGGGGCGGCGGUGCAGAGCGGGCUGCCGUCUCGAGUAAAUCAUACGGAAAAGGCCGAGGGUAUCAGGCUCCUGCAGGAGAUGCAGCAGAGGAUAGCACAGGCAGACACGGUCGUCGUCGUCGGUGGUGGCGCCGCGGGUGUCGAGGUGGCGGCGGACGCAAAGAGCCUAUACCCAAACAAGCACAUCAUCCUCGUGCAUUCGCGCACAGCAGUCAUGCAUCGUUUUGGGAAAGAGUUGCAGACGGCCGCCAUGGAGGGGCUACAACGACUCGAAGUGGAUGUGAUUCUAGAAGAUCGUGUUAUUGAAGAAGAUGACGCCAACGGCACAGUGACACUUAAGUCUGGUCGCAAAAUAGACUGCAACUGUUUAAUCUAUUGCACAGGUCAGAAGCCGAAUUCGUCGAUCCUCUCAACACUCUCGCCAACUUCCAUCUCGUCUUCGGGCUACAUCAAGGUCAAGCCCACUUUGCAGCUGAUGGACGAGAGAUUCCAAAAUAUUUACAGCUGCGGCGACGUGACCGACACCGACGUUCCGACGCCAAAUGCCCGUUCUGCCAUGCAGCAGUCCGUCGUGGCAGCCGAGAAUAUUCUGCUCGCUGUGCAGGGCCAGGCACCCCAGCACGAGUACCGACACGCCUGGCCGGAGAGCUUCAUUACGUUGACUCUGGGAUUGGAUCGCUCGGUCUUGCAUUUGAGUGACGGCAAGUCUGACAUCCUCUACCGAAGCAAAAAGAAGAGCGAGGCGCUCAUGGCAGCUCAAUGCUGGAAGUCGCUGGGCCAAGUGCCAUUUGAGGACGACUACAUGCAGAGCCAGAAACCGGAGAGCGCGCAGUAG